AUGAAUGAUAAAGACCAAGAUUUCCCUUCUUUUAUCACAGGCGGAUGUCUCUGUGGUGCUAUUCGGUACACCGUCAACUUUAACCAAGAGCAUCCAUGGCCACCAAUUUCAUCAGCAUGCCAAUGUACCAUGUGUCGCAAGUGGACAUCUUCCUUGAUCGCCCAAUUCCUGGUCAUAUCCCCCAAGCAAAUCAAUCCAGCACUAAACACUUUUCUGUCCUUCAAAGAGUACAUGUCCUCACCAGGUCGAUUCCGUGGUUUCUGCGGUGACUGUGGCACGUCGAUCGCAUGGCGCUCAGUCGAUUACACCCCAAUAUUUGAUCUAUAUUUGGGGACACUGGAUGAGAAUUACCUGGUCGGAGAUGGCGUCGUGGCGAAGACUCUCGCAGCUCCAAACGGAACGCAGUACUGGCUGCAGAACGCCGUUCAUGGUGUUACUGAUGUGCUUGAGGGAGGGAAGAAGUACAGUGAAGAAGGUCCCGACGGUAUACGUGAGGCAGAAGAUUCGGUGACUCGCGAGGACUACGGAAAUAUCGAGGUUUUUUGCAGCACGCAAACGAGAUGUGAGGACCUGAAGUCCCUACCAUCUUCCGCACCUCUUCCUCAAAGCCGCGAGGCAUGA